UUAAAAACACUGAUUCAUAUAAAAAUCUUAAAAUAAUAAUUUAUAGGGCAAACAAAGUAAUAUGAAAAAUGAUAGGGAUAAACUUUGCUCUCAAACAAAUAAUAAUAACAAAAAUAUAGAUUAUAAAUCACAAAACACUGAUCCUAGUGAAAAAAUAAAUAAUAAAACUAAACCAAAACGACGACGUUAUGAACCCAAGAAAAAAACAAACAAAGAAACUUUAAAUAGAGAUAAAUUUUUUAAUAAGUUUUUUAAAACAAAAGUAACAAACAUUUCAGAUGAAAUUGAUCCCGACAUUGAAAAUAGUAUAGAUUACUUUAUUCAUUCGAACUCAUUUUCUGCCAAUGAAGCAGAAAAUGCUUUGCAAGAACAACAAUUUGCAAUGUUCACAAAUUUAAAUAGUUUAAAGAAAAUCCGCACUCCAGAUGAUCUCAGAAAUAAUUCAAAAAUAUUCAAUGAUAAUCUUCGCAAUCGAAAUAUAUUUGAUUAUUCCGAAACAUAUAGUAAGAACGCAGAUUCACCACCAAAUAAAAUUUCUGUAGCUCCGUAUAAUCAAGUUACUACCCACAUACCAGAUCCAAUAUGUAAAGAUGUUACAUAUAAUAAUGAAAAUUUAGAAAAUGUUGGAAGUCCCUUAACCUUAUAUGAACCGUUGUAUAUUGAGACUAAUUUUAACGAAAACAUUCAGCUUCGAAGACCACAUAAUGUAAAUAAACAUAAAAUAAAGGAGUUAUCUGUUACAAACAACGAUAAAGAAAUAUCGUCACACCCACUUUAUAAUGAAUGUGAAAUUGAUCAAAAUAUAUACAACAUACUAUUGCAAGAGAACUCAGUUCUACAAAUUUCAUCGCCAUCAAGUAUUAAAAAGAAUACACAUCACGUAGACCAAAAUAUGUUUAUUUCCCCAAAACCAACAACUCAUAAUGAAAUCAUGGAAAAACCAAAAUUGAUUUCAGAUCCUGAAAAUAUUGGCUUACUAAUGUGUUCUAUCACAUCGUUCAAUAACUCAACAAACUAUCAAAGUGUAGAAUUGCUAAGAGAAAACACUCGUCAAGAAUCCACAAAUUUAAUGAAAACUUAUAAAGCGGAUAUUAACUUGGAAGCAAAAGAAUUAAACGAUCAAUUAACUGCAAAUUUCUUUGAUGAAACUAAAAAAGAAAUUUGUGCAGUUAUUAGAGAAGUUCUAGAGAAAACCAAACAAAAAGACAAGAUAGAAAAUGAACUUUUGGAGGCUAUAUACAAUGUACAUAGACUAUAUGAAAAGUAUCAAGAUGUAUCAGAUGAUGUUAAACGAUCUGAAGAAAAAGCAAACAAUAUAUUACAAAAUAUUCAUUUUACUAAUAACAAGAUUACGACAAACAAGUACUUUGAGAGGUUGUUGAACGAAUUUGAUGUUAAAUCGAUAGAAUUAAGAAAAAGUAAAUGGAAAUCAUAUGUUAAACAUAAUGUUAUAACAUUAAUCGAUGGAAUGGAUUAUAUAUCGGCUUUAAAUAUAUAA